ACUUUUCACUUUUUACCCCUUCUUUUUUUUUUUUUUUGGGACAGCUGUCAUUUUUUCUCUUCUAUUUUGACUUUAUCAAUUUCUUUAAAACCUUUUUUCUUCUUCGUUUCUUUCUUCUUUUUUUUCUUCUUUAAUUAGUGAUACCAAAAGUUACUCAAAGUUUCCACCUUCAAUAAGGGAAGCUUGAAAUGGUAUGAUAGCAUCCCUCUAUCAUUACGAGUUGGAAAUACAAAUUUCAAACGAGGCAAUGGAAAAUAUAACUACUAUGAAGUUGGGGUUAGAUAUGCUAAAGGAAAAUAUUGUAAGCGACGCCAAUCUCCAUAUCUCAGUAUUGUGAUAAUUGACGAAGUGGGGUAUUCCCAUGAUUCCUAGUAGGAGAUAACUCUCUUUGCCAAGGUUGACAGGUUUGUUUGACUCAUCGAUUUGUUCAUUAUACUUCUUUUCAACCAAACUUUAUAUCAAGUCCCAAAUUUUCAAAUAUGUGAUAGAAAGAAAAUGUAAAGCAUACAGCCAUUAUAUACACGCAUCCUUAUCGCAUUAAGCUCACUGACUCUAAGGUCUGUCCCUCCCUUUCAACUCUACUGCUUUGCUUUUUGCUCUGUCAAAUCUCACUUAGGGUUUCUUUGCAGUGAAGACUGGAGGGUUUUCUAGGAAGAUUCAGCUGCAAAAGAGUGAAAGGACAGUAAUGAAAAGGUAGAACACGGGUCAAAGAUACUUGUCCAACAUUGGCCAUGGAUCAAGCAGAGCAAACACAACAGCAACAGCAGUCACAGCAGCCUGUGAUGGGAGUUGUAGCUGGUGCUGGCCAGAUGAACUAUGGUACAAGUCCCUACCAAAAUGCUCAUAUGGUGGCUUCUGGUGCACCAACAGUAGCUUUGCCUUCCCCAACUCAUCCAUCGGCCUCUUUCUCUAAUUCCGCACACCAGCUUGCCUUGCAACAAGCUCAGCACUUCCAUCACCAACAGCAGCAGCAACAACAACAGCAGCUUCAAAUAUUCUGGGCCAACCAAAUGCAAGAAAUUGAGCAAACAAACGACUUCAAGAACCACAGUCUUCCACUUGCUAGGAUCAAAAAGAUUAUGAAAGCUGAUGAAGAUGUCCGGAUGAUAUCAGCGGAGGCUCCAGUCAUCUUUGCUAAGGCAUGUGAAAUGUUCAUUCUGGAACUGACUCUUCGCUCUUGGAUCCACACAGAAGAGAACAAAAGGAGGACACUGCAGAAAAAUGAUAUUGCAGCUGCAAUCUCAAGGACAGAUGUCUUUGAUUUCCUGGUUGACAUUAUUCCCAGAGAUGAGCUGAAAGAGGAGGGACUUGGAGUCACAAAGGCUACCAUUCCUGUGGUGGGUUCACCUGCCGAUAUGCCAUACUACUAUGUCCCUCAGCAUCCUGUUCCACCCACAGGAAUGAUCAUGGGAAAGCCAGUCGACCAAGCCACACCACUAUACACAGGCCAGCAGACUAGACCGCCAGUGGCUUUCAUGCCAUGGGCACAAGGCCAACCACAGCAUCAGCAACCUCAACACCAGGACACUGAUUCUUGAUGAUGCAAGGCAAUCAAGCCAAUGUAAUAGGCAUGACGUUAUGCAGUUUAUUAGAAGUUAAAUUAUCAGCAAAUUAAGCUACUAGUCUAGUAGGGAUGAAACCACCCAAAUCCGAGCCUUUGUAAUAUCUAGGGGGCUUAUGAUAUUUCUUGGGAUUUUUAUUGCGUGCUUCCUUUUGAAGAAGAUGAUAAAAAGACUAGUUUUUUUCUAAUUGAUAAGAGUUUCCUUACCCUGUCUGUUGGGAUGAAAUUAGUUUC